AUGGUCGGCACGCCACCUCAACGCGUCCAUCCCAGGUCAAUCUGGAGUCGAAAGUUGGAUAUUCUCUACGUUGUCUUUCUUUCAACGACCGUUUUUCUUGCUUUUGCUAUCGACUUCGUGCCAUUCUAUCCCGCGGGAUUAUUCCCUCAGUGGACAACAGCAGUUCACGACUUUUAUGUCAACAACUACAAUGAUCCUCUCUAUGUCAAGGACCCGCCUUUCUUUCAGCUGUUUGUUGCCAUCGAAGCUCUGUAUUCUGUUCCGUUGAGCCUUUGGGCGAUCCGUGGCUUGAUCCAAGAUAAUCGCAUAGUGCCACUUUAUCUUCUUCCCUUGGCGACCCAUCUUGUUCUAUCUACUGUCAUUUGCUUUGUGGAGGUGUGGAACACCCAGGACUGGCCCGCGGCAGAUAUUAAUAAGAACCUGCCUGGAUAUAUUGGCUUUUUCAUCAUUGCGAUCACUAUGUGGGUGGAUAUGUUCUCUCGUCUUAAUUCAUCUUUGGUUGAGAAAGCCAAGGUAAAUUGA